GGCCGGGGUGCCCUUCUUCUCCUGCGCCGCGUCUGAGUUCGUCGAGCUCUUCGUCGGCGUCGGCGCGUCCAGGGUGAGGGACCUCUUCGAGAAGGCCAAGGCCAAGGCGCCCUGCAUCGUCUUCAUCGAUGAGAUUGACGCCGUCGGGAGGCAGCGUGGUGCUGGAAUGGGUGGGGGGAACGAUGAGAGGGAGCAGACCAUUAACCAGCUGCUCACGGAGAUGGACGGCUUCUCCGGAAACAGCGGUGUCAUCGUGCUCGCCGCGACCAACAGGCCGGAUGUGCUCGACUCGGCGCUUCUGCGGCCAGGGCGGUUUGAUCGGCAGGUCACCGUCGACCGUCCGGAUGUCGCCGGCCGUGUCAGGAUCCUUGAGGUUCACUCCAGAGGAAAGGCAUUGGCGAAGGAUGUAGACUUUGAUAAGGUUGCCAGAAGGACACCUGGUUUCACCGGUGCUGAUCUUCAGAACUUGAUGAAUGAGGCUGCCAUCCUUGCCGCUCGUCGUGAUCUUAAGGAGAUAAGCAAGGACGAGAUAUCUGAUGCUCUGGAGAGGAUCAUUGCUGGGCCUGAGAAGAAGAAUGCAGUUGUUUCAGAACAGAAGAGGAAGCUUGUGGCUUACCAUGAGGCUGGACAUGCCCUCGUCGGUGCCCUGAUGCCUGAAUAUGACCCUGUUGCCAAGAUUUCCAUCAUUCCUCGCGGUCAAGCUGGUGGGCUCACGUUCUUUGCUCCAAGCGAAGAGAGGCUUGAGUCUGGACUGUACAGCAGGAGCUACCUAGAGAACCAAAUGGCUGUGGCACUUGGUGGCAGGGUUGCCGAGGAGGUGAUCUUUGGCCAAGACAAUGUGACAACUGGGGCAUCCAGCGACUUCAUGCAGGUCUCACGUGUCGCCAGACAAAUGGUUGAAAGAUUUGGGUUCAGCAAGAAGAUUGGGCAAGUUGCGAUUGGGUCAUCUGGUGGAAACCCUUUCUUGGGCCAGCAGAUGUCGAGCCAGAAGGACUACUCGAUGGCCACGGCGGACAUCGUAGAUGCCGAGGUCAGGGAACUCGUGGAGACGGCCUACUCGCGGGCGACGCAGAUCAUCAACACCCACAUCGACAUCCUACACAGGCUCGCCAACCUCCUGAUCGAGAAGGAGACCGUGGACGGGGAGGAGUUCAUGAGCCUCUUCAUCGACGGGCAGGCAGAGCUGUUCGUCGCAUAAGUCGACUUGUCGUGCGUGCCCUGUAUGUUUUUCGGUGAUUAUACGAGGGUCCAGCUUGUAGGAACCACAUUGAUCUAGUAAAAAAAAAUGUUCUUUUCGCAAACAUGUUUGUAUAGUUCCUUGUAAAAAAUGCCUGUACUGACACUGAGCGCGUCAAUUAAUACAGAUCGUUGCUAGUUUUUGCC